AUGCCGGUGGACAUAGGUCGGACGUUUGUGAUGCAGCGGCCGAACGAGUACCUCAACGGUGCCUUCCAGAGAGACAAGAAGGACGAGGCUAAGGACAAACUCAUUGCAUUUUCUUUGAAACGUAAUGUUGAUGCAACUUCUAAAUCAUCAUCUGUUGGUGCAAGGAAGCGUAUGAGAGUGGCAAAAGAUACAAAUCUUGAGGAGGCAGUGACGAAGUGGUUUGUGCAGCAACGAUCCUGUGGUAAUGACGUCCGUGGUGUAGAAAUACAAGCUGCUGCUGUUAAGCUAUCAAGUCAUAUGGGCAUCGAGAAUUUCGAAGCUAGUGACGGGUGGUUAUGGCGAUUUAGAAAUCGCCAUGGAAAGUGUAAUAAAAUUACGCAUGGUGAAGCUGGUAGCGCACCCACCGAGGACAUCGAACCAUUCAGGGACAGGCUAAAUGACUUAAUUAAGAGUGAAGGGCUCCUGAUUUCCCAAGUCUAUAAUGUAGAUGAAACUGGGUUGUAUUGGCGGUCCCUACCCCGGAAUACCCAAGCUUUCAAGAAUGAAGCCUCCUCACCUGGUCGUAAACCAAUGGAUCAGGGUAUAAUUGUAGCCUGCAAGAGAAUAUACCAACGAAGAUAUCUGGACGAUGUUCUUGCGUUUAUAGAAGAAGAUGAAGAUCUUACGGAAGACACACGAGGACAAAGAACUGUUAAUAACGUCAAGAACUACAACCUCAAGUCUGCAAUAUUCAACUUAGCAGCUUCAUGGAAGACACUGAAGACUACCACUCUAGUCAAUGCUUGGAAAAAACUUCUGUACAAUGUGGAGGUAGAAUAUGAUUUCGAAGGAUUCGAGGCAAGGGACUUUCAUCAUAUCCUUAAGAGGGCGGGCGAAAAUGAUGUCACAGAAGACGACAUCAGAAACUGGCUAGAAGACACAGAGGGUGACCCUGGAUACCAAUUCUUAACGGAAGAAGAAAUAGCGGAUGAAGUUCUCGUUGGUGACAGCAGAGAUAGUGAAGAUGAGGAAGACGAAGAACCAUUACCCAACAAACCCAAACUCUCUGUUAUACGAGAAUCCACUGAUAAUGUCAUUUCGUACAUUGAUUUGUCAGCAGAAACUGAUGAUAUUCAGCAUUACUAUCAACAUAUUAGAGCCGUUAGGGAACUCAUUAUCCAGAGGCAGCAUCAUCAAGAUAAACAACUGAAACUAGACAUUCUUCAAUGUCCAGACCCUGAGAUCAGAAAAAGAUUCAUCAAGAUAUUUGCCAAGACAAUAGUCAAGGUGCUCUUAGCCUAUGCUGAUAUUGGCAAGAAAGAAUUUACUAAUUAUGUCGGUGAUGAGAAAAAGCUUGAAGGGUCAAUUGCUGUAAGAAAUGGGCAACAAACUGGCAGCAGCGAAGGGCACGAGCCAGGUGCAGCCGUCACAACGCAACGAAGUCGAGGCCGACGACGUAUUAGUGUCCUCGAUGGACUUGCUGGAGGUCUCCCUCACUCUUUAAGGCCAGUCCUGUGA